AUGGCUGACGACGACCAUCGCCGCCACUUCCCCAGCGAGGACCGCCUCAGCAGCCUCCCCGACGAGCUCCUUCACGUCAUCCUCCUCCGCCUUGGCUCGACCUGCGCUGCCGCGCGCACCAGUGUGCUCUCCCGCCGCUGGCGCCACCUCUGGGCCGACGUGCCCGAGAUCGUUCUCGUACGCGGCCCCGACGCGCCGCCGGACUCGUUCCACGACGUCGUCGAUGCCACCCUCGACGCCCACGCCGCGUCAACUCUCGAGCGCCUCCUCAUUUGCGUCAGCGACGCUUCUGAGUCCAUCACGAGCGGACGCGCCGCGCCGUGGCUGCGUAUCGCGGCGGAGCGCGUGGCGGGCGCGCUCCUCCUCCUCGUCCCUCCGCGUCUGUCAUCCCUGCCCCCCGUCGCCGUGCAGGAGCUCGAGCUCCCCGCGUGUGUCCGUGCCAAGACGAUCACGUUCAAACUCCAGGACAUAUGGCUUCUGCGGCCCGCCCCGGCCGGCGGCGUGUUCACGGCGCUGACCGCCCUGACGAUUCUCUACGGCCGCAUGGAAGGCAGCGAGCUCACAGCCCUUGUGUCCACGCGGUGCCCGUGCCUCAAGGACGUCAGGCUCCGCCUCACGUUGGUGGAUGCCUCAGACGUCUCCAUUCGCUAUGACACGCUGCGCUCGCUGUGGUUCUGCGUCAAUUCACCUCUGAUAGAGGUCGUGGCCCCAACACUGGAGAAGCUGUGUGUAUAUUACGCCUUCAAGGCUCAUUUCUCGGUACCCAUGCUUUCAGAGUUGGUUUGGAUAGGGGAUUAUGCCAAUGAUAGUCAUCAGUUUGUCAAUGUCAGCCGUAGCCUUCAGCUGCUACACAUUAGACGGGAUCAAAGAUGGGCACCCACGUCCCUGCUAGAGAAAUUUAGUCAAGUUGACGAGCUGAAUCUGAUUAUCUGCAUUCCGCGGGUGCGUUGGUAUCAACAGAAUCUCCUCAAAACCAAUCGAAUUUCUUAUGAUCCAGUGCUUUACUUUACUUUGUUUCUACUCAUGGGUCAUGACAGGGAACAGCAGGCCAAUAAGCUAAGUGUGACCAAUCAAAUUCACGCAAAACGGUAUUUGUCUCCGAUGUGCAGUGCAGGUGGCAACAACAAGGCAUCUGCUUCCUGCUUCAGUGAGAUGGCAGGAUGA